GAGCUGAGCAGAGCUAGGGACUGCAUGGUGGCUCCAGGAACGGCUUCCUUAAUUCAAAGAUAACAAUGGUUGGAAAGGCCAGAUCUUCUAAUUUUACAUUAUCUGAAAAGCUCGAUUUGCUAAAACUCGUGAAGCCGUAUGUUAAAAUUCUCGAGGAACAUACCAAUAAGCAUUCUGUAAUAGUGGAAAAAAACAAAUGCUGGGAUAUUAUAGCUGAUAACUACAAUGCCAUCGGAGUAGAUCGCCCUCCUCGUACUGCACAGGGCCUGCGCACGCUGUACAAGAGGCUCAAAGAAUAUGCCAAACAGGAGCUAUUGCAGCAAAAGGAGACUCACUCAGAUUGUAAAAGCAGCUUUUCCGAGCCAACCAAGAAAGUUGUGGAGAUGAUUCCACAGAUUUCCAAUGUGUGUUUAAGAGACAGGAGCGGUGUUCAAAGUGCUAGUAUCGAUAAAGAAACAAUUGCUGGUACCAGUUCACCACAGGCAAUGUUGGAUCACCAUCCUGCGACAGUCAUGAUGGACUUGCAGUUGGAAGAGGAUGUCAAACCUCCUCCUUCUCUGAUUAUAGACUCACAGCAAAAUGAGAACUUAGAACAAGAGGAGGAACACCAGCUGGUGCAUGUUAUGGAAAGGUCUCCUUCAACAUCAGUGUCUUCAGUUGAUAUGAGGGUGAUGAUGUCUCCUUCCCCGGUACCAAGAAGAGAUGAGUUUUUUAGGCUUGAGGUUGGAGAACGCUUUAGACCAAUGUGUGGUUAUGACCCACAGAUGUUACAAAUGCUGAAAGAGGAGCAUCAAAUAAUAUUAGAAAACCAAAGAAAAAUUGGUCUUUAUGUACAAGAAAAAAGGGAUGGUUUGAAAAGAAAGCAGCAACUGGAAGAAGAACUCUUGCGAACAAAAAUCAAAGUAGAGAAGCUGAAGGCAAUACGACUACGCCGUGAUCUGCCAGAAUACAGCAGUAUCUAAAUAUUUUAUUACUUCUGUCACAUUCUUUGAGAUACUUAAUAAUAAAUGCAAAAUUGUUUCUUUUGUUAAUAUGGAUGGAUCAAAAUCUGGGCUUAAGACAUGACAGCACAUGUUGUUUAAGUACCUUAGAAAAAUACUUUGUUAUGGGUUUGAAUGCACCAACUCUUCUGGUCUAAAGUAUAAUCAAAUCCAUGUUUAAGUGUUUAGAUUAAUAAAAAUGCAAACUUUAAAAAUAUUUCCAUUUAUCUCUAGAGUUGUGAUGAGUUAAUGGAAAUUUAACUCAGCUCUUGUUAUAAAUUUUGGUCAUAUGCAUUAUUUUUUCAAAUAAUCACCUUUAAUAUCUUAAUGAAGUUGCAGGUAAAUAAAUGCAUAAAAGGAGAAAUAAGAGGCUAUGUUUAAAUGUUUUAUUCUUUUCAAGUUGGUCAAUCUUAUGACAGUAGUGACAUUUUUCUGAUAUGUCAGCUUGGAAAACAAAAUUACUGGAUUGUUAUAUUUUUUUAAUGUUCAGUAGACAGUUGAAUAAAUGUACAUCUUUUUAAAAGUUAAUACUUUUUAAUUGUUUGCAGUGAAGAAGUGUUUCCAUAGGAUGUUAUCAAAAUAAGAGACAAUGAAUGCAACACUUGGUUUUUAAAACUGCAUGCAUGUGUAAUUUAUGUGUACAGUUAUCACAAUUGUGUAUUCAGUUAUAGUAAUUAUACUGGUGAUCAACCACAUAAAUAUCUUUGCUAAUUUGCAUGCAUAAUUACUACAGUGCAUGUGCAACCAAGACAGUUGCAGGUGCCUUUGAUCAAUAUCACUAUGACUAUAAGCUACUGAAAUAAAAUAGUUUCUGUGUGUAA